AUGCACUCUGUAUGUUAAUUACCUGUCCACGUUUUCUGUUAAUGUGCUGUUUAAGAGGAAAAUUGUUGCUGUUUCCUCGAUAAACUUUCCGGAGAAUCACCUAGACCAAAUCUGAUUAUUCAAUAGGUCAAGGAGACAGUUGGUCUGGGCACCAGCCUGGACGUUAUUGUCGUCAAUGGUCGUAUUCGCGAGGGCGAUACCAUCGUAUUGGCUGGCCAAGAAGGGCCGAUCGUCACCACUGUGCGUGGCAUCCUCUUUCCCGCUCCGAUGUCCGAGCUUCGCGUGAAGGGCACCUACGAACAUUUGAAGGAGGUUACUGGUGCUCAGGGUGUGAAGUUGAUCGCCAAGGAUCUGGAGAAAGCUUUGGCUGGGCUUCCACUGUAUGUUGCUGAGGACACAGCUGAGGAACUUUACUACAAGGUAUCUUAACAAUUGUCAUACUUCCUUUUCGAAUACUUCUUGCCUACGCGACUUUCACUAGGGUUUCGAAUAGCUCAUAUAAGGCGCGCUUUGCUCAUUUUUGAUAGUAUUGUUGGGUAUCACUUGUUUUUGGAGAGGCCAAAUCACUUUAUCUGUGGUCGUUGCUAAUUUUAUCAGCCUUGGCAGCAUAAGUAGCUAGCGCCUGUGCUGCCAGUAUGGUAUCCGGCAACUCCAAUAUAUGCUACUAGCUACCUUUUGGAAAUGUUUAUAAAUAUUACGCGCUUAUCUCGCGGUGGCUGAUGGACUUCGGCCCAAAUAUCCAUACAUCACUCUUCAGUCUGAACCGUUAGACCUUCAAACUGAUCUACUCCAAAUUUGCAGUUAAUUUCUAAGGAAAUUCGAAAGCAACAAUUGGUCAGUCCCUUUCAUGGUGGGACGGCCUUUACCGAUCUGUAGAUGCUCUGUUUUGCCCUAGAGUUCUAACCCAAACCUCUUACAUGCCGACAAUCGGCAAGUAAGGGACAUUAUUGGUAAGAAUUGUGGCAGUUUUGAUGUCCAUUUACGGCAUAAUUUCCUCCUUUGACACCAUCUCGCAUAUAUGACUGACUUAUUCAGGCCUGGUCUACGUCUUUAUCGGCGUUUUCCAAGGUCUUUCGUCUGAAUUUUGGAGAAAUAACUCCUCCUCACACGUAAUGAACACGCAACGCGUAACUGAAGACCACAUCGACAGUCCGACCGUCCUUGCGGAAGAUGCCCACCGUGUGCACCACAUCAGGGUUGAGGCAAAGACUGUGACUUAUUUGUGAAUUGGCUUAUUGGCAGCAAACUUGCACAGCGUCUACCGCACUCCCUCCUCUCGAACCUGCACCAGGAGUCAUGACAGAGUCAAGGCGGGAGAGGGCGCAGGUGGCUUGUACGGAGAAGACCCGCACCUAGGCGUAUCACCACACCCCCUAGUCCGUCACAUACUACUGACCAGUACAACAUGGAUGUCUGGUGUCUGUCUGAAGUUCGACUUUCUGACUCAGUCUCCCGCGAAAUAAAGAUUCCUGGAGUCGAAUCACACUUUACCCUGUACCACGGCGGCCUGCGCUACUCUUCCGGUCGACACGGUGUAGCGAUCGUCCUAUCGCAACAAGCGGGCCUCGCUUUACAUACUUGGUAACCAGCCAAUGACCGGAUGGCCUACGUGCGACUGAAGGGUGACUUCACGAAAAUCUCUAUCGCCUCGGUGUACGCACCAACUCCAAUUGCCGAACAGCGCGAUAAAUAAACGUUUUACUCGCAGUUGCAAGCUUUAGUUGAAAGACUGCCUCGCCGCGAUCUGCUGAUUGCUGCUGGCGUUUGGAAUGGUCGAAUGCGACCUGGCGACCCCUCAACCAGUCAUCUUGACCGCUUCGGGCUUGGUUCCCGAUGUGAAAGUGGUGAGAGAUCGCUGAACUUUGCUGAUCGAAACCGACUGUUUGUCACCAACACAUGUUUCCAGCAUCGCAGCAAACAUCUCAUGACCUGGCAUUCAAACGACGGUCAUACGGUCAGUCAGAUUAACUACAUUCUAGUCAGCUCAAGGUUCCGCAGCUGGGUUCGCGAUAGCAGGUCGAUGCCUGGUGAAGAGACUGGUAACGCCCAUGGGUCGGACCAUGUUUUCGUUCGUACAUACUUGAAAGUCCACCUCUCAUCCGUGCCAAAAAUGCCACGUCCUAGACGCCUCGAUGUCGCAAAAAUCUGGCAAGCCUCAUUGCCGAGGCCCUGAGCAGAGAAAUCCGGUCCUGUCUUACGACCCGAACCGACGUUGAAGGCAGUAAGCAGUAAUCGCUACAAAAAACGUCAGUCUAUGGGGUAGCUGAGAAAAUCCUUGGUUACACCCAGCGACGUCGCAGUAACUUGAUCAGCAGAAGAACCCUGCAGUUGUCUGCUCAGACGGCUCGAGCCAGGUCCCGUAACGAUGGCUGCUUUCGCCAACUUCGAAAGAUGACGGCAAAAUCGGCCAGGGAUGACCGGAAGCAAUAUUGGGCUGAAAAUAGCGACCUCCAUGGAACAGGCCUCGAACGUUGGCGACACCCGAAAACUACCAACUUAUCCGCCAAGUUAGCGGUAAGCCCUCUACACUGAGUGACUUUGUUGGCGACGUGAAUGGCGGCUUUAUUACUGAGAACUCGGCCAAAGUCGAGCGCUGGCGUGAGCACUUCGAGCACUAUGUCAACUUCGAUACCCAACCCACCGCGCCCUUGCUCUCCUCUUCAGCGGAGUUUCUUCCCACCUCCACCUAUGCAGUGCCAUGCGACCCCCCCUCUGAAGGAGAAGUCGUCGAUGCUACACGAAAGUUGCGCAACAAUAAGGCACCCGGAGAGGGCGGUAUACCCGCUGAAAUCUUAAAGUCUUGUGUCCAGGAGAGGGCACCUCUCGGGAUUGAUGUCUGUCAACUUGAAGAAGUGGACAGUUUUAAAUACCUCGGGGCGAGGCUGCUGCCUAAUGGACAGAGUAAGGAUAAAAAUGUCUCCCUAAUUGAUGCGGCCCGCCGGGUUUUCUCAAGCCUUCUGAAAUGCCUAUGGAUCCGACGCGACAUCUCCAUUACCACCAAGGUUCGCAUGUACCUUGCAUCCGUACAGUCAGUCCUUCUCUACGGUUGGGAAUGCUAG